UUACCUUGGAAACACCACCACAGCUGAGGAGCUGGGGGAGCAGUCGGAAAGGGGCGUGAGCCAAGCUGGAGUUUAUCACAGCCUCUAGAGACUACGGAACAGUGUGUGAAGAGUGUGCGUUGUGGGUGGGUGGGUUAGACCCCCCACCCCCUCGCCCGCCCGCCGCCGCACACACACACACACACAGCAGCAGACACAGUGCUCGCACCUCACCGCACUAUGGUAGGAAGAGAUAUAAAAGGGCUCCCAGGGAGAAAGAGCGGUCAGGCAAGCCUCCGAGUGGCUUCUCAUUUCCACGCAGCUGUGCAUCACUGAACGUGUUUUACGCUGGCGCGUGUGAGGAACUACACAGAGGCAUCAGAGGGAAGUGCAAAGAAAUAAACUUUUUUUUUUUUUUUUUUUUUUUUAAGUCUCAGAAGAUAAAGGGGCAGCGGAGAUUGACUGGAUGGGGAGAGUUGACGAGUUUCCGAAGUCUGCCUCUUCUUGAACCUGAAAAUUCUGUUUGAUUUUUUCUGCGUUUUCGGUUGAGUUGUUUACUCAUCUCCCUCUGAGUACUUUUAUUUCCACAACGGGGAGUCAAGAGGUGGCUGCUGACUGCAGAGGAAUUCAAACAGAGGCAGAGAUUUUCUCCCUCAAAGCUGCCAUUGCCUGGAGUGUCAUUUCAUUUCUUUUCUUUUUCUUUUUUGAUCAAUCUCUGGAGAAAUUGCAGUACAAUGGAAGCCUUAAUCUUAUUCGAUACAGAGUACAAUCAGACCUACGUGGAUGACCAUGUUUACUUUGAGGACAGGCUCGAUGGCGUCGGCAUCACCAUAGCCAUACUCUACCUAGUGGUUUGCAUCCUGGGGCUAGCCGGGAACACCCUCGUCAUCGUUGCCAUUCUGAAAUUGGACAAAAUGUCAUCGUCCACGACGGUGUACAUCUUCAACCUGGCCCUGGCGGACGGACUCUUCAUGGUCAGCCUCCCCUUCAUCGCCAGCCAAAACUUCCAGCACCAGUGGCUGUUCGGCGACGUGGCGUGCAAGGCGGUGAUGGUGCUGGACGGCAUCAACCAGUUCACCAGCGUCUUCUGCCUGACGGUGAUGAGCAUCGAUCGCUACAUGGCGCUGGUCUUGCCGCUCAGGUUCGCCCGCUGGAGGACGCCACGCCGCGCCAAGAUCAUCUCGGCGCUCCUGUGGCUGUUCUCCCUCCUCACCAUACUCCCUAUGGCGCUCCACUUCUCAGCCGAAAGGGGCCUAUGCAUACCGGACUUUGUCUCGGACGCCUGGUGGCUCGGCAUCCUCUUCUACACCUUCGUCAUGGGCUUCGCCCUGCCGUUCAUGGUCAUGAUGGCCUCGUACGCGGCGCUUCUGCUCGCCCUGCGCUCCCAGAGGCUCCGGGCUUCGCCGCGCAACCUCGAGGGCCACCGGCUGGAGCAGCAGGUCACCAAAACGGUGGUCGGGGUGGUGCUGGUGUUCGCAGUGUGCUGGCUGCCGUUUUACGCCUUCAACUUCUGCUCCCUGUAUCAGGAUGGAAUGGCCUUGACCUUCGCCAGGGCUUUUGAGUUUGUGGUCCUGCUGUCGUACUCGUGGAGCUGUGCCAACCCCAUCCUCUACGCCUGCCUCUCCGACACCUUCAGGAAGCACUUCCGCACCCUACUCUGCCCUGUUGCCAAGUCAACUGUCAGCAUGCAGUGCAACACCGAACGGUAUGACCUAACUGAUGCAGACAUGCGGGACGUCACCAUUUUGGUGUAGAGAUAAGGACUCACCAUUGAACUACUUAAUCAGUCGACUGAUGCACCACACCUAUGUGAUAUAGCCUUUUUUUUUUUUUACUUGGACUGUAUAAAACACACAUUAUCCCUGCAAAACUGAAGUUGUAUAUACAAUACUUGAGUUUCUUGAGCCUUCGGUGACCUGCUGUCUGACUCUUUCCGUAUAUUGACUUGUUCUAUUCCUUUGUCAAGUGCAGCAGUUUGACCAAGUGUCUUCAGAGAAUUGGCUUUUCAACACACUCCCAUUGACCACACACCUCAGUGUUUGACUGUGAACGUUGCUGCUUGUUUGUGCUCUCUAGAUUCCUCUUUGAAAAAGUUUCUGCCCCAGAAUCGGGAAAGGUCACACUGGGCAAGAAAAAUGCUAAUCAGACGGCAUAAUUCAGUUCGAUUCCGUUCGUAUUUGUAACCCGGGUCUUGAUACAGCCAAGGUGUGACUCAGACCUAUCGUAUAACCUGUUGUAGACCCCAAGAACACAGACAAUCUGAGGCGAAGUUGGUUGAUUUUCUUUUUGGCAGAGCUAAUAACAUGCAGCACAAGAGGGAUGAAGUGUGGACAGGUGGAGGGUAAACACGAUAACAAGCGCUGCGCACCUUUGGCCGCACACAUACAAGCGCACACACAUUUAGCAAAUAACAUCUCCACAGCUCCCGCAGCUGGAUUGUGUCUCAGUGGCUUUAAGCGUGGGAGGACAUCAGAUGAGUGUGUUUGUGCUUGGGAGGCCAUGAGCGUGUGCUUGCAUUUUUGUGUGAAGGGACUUUCACUGAGAAACAAAACGUGGUGUCCCGGGCUCACAACGUCAUUCUGCCUCAACAGCGAGCUGAAAGUGUCAUGUCUCAACAUUUUGUCGAGAAUGUGGAAAAAUACCAACAUUUUACAUCUCCUGUAAAUAUCUCCCGCCUUUUUUUAACCGCCUCUGGGUUUAAAAAAAAACCCACAUUUCCCGCUCCCGAUGUUACCCAAAAUGAUUAGGAAUCGCACAUAAGCCAUCAAUUUCAUCAAAAAAAGAAAUAUAUAUAUAUAUAUAUAUAUUUUUUCUUGUGAUUCAGUAAUUAAGUGGAUUCAGGUGUAAAGCCUCUGUCCCCUCUGUAAAUAAUGCAUCAGAAAUGAAUGGAUUUCAGCGGGUGAAAGUAUAGAUUCACUUAAGCUCUUGAGCGGUGUGUAUACCAGCAAUUGUUUGCUUCUGCUUUAAUAUAUUUUAUACUAUUCAGCAGCUAUUUGACACUUUCCAGAUAAAUAAUUUACAUUAAAACAUAACUGGACUUAAAAUAAAUGCUCUGUGUUUGCUGCAUUGUUGUGGACUAACCGGCUCCAGCCAUAUAACCACUUUAAGAAGCUGUGACGUACAGUACAAUAAUGUUCCGUACCACUCUGAAAGGAACUCCUGGUCCGUGAACGAAUGCACUUUUACUUUUGAACAUUUAACCGCGUUUGGCUGCUUUUGUACUUGUACCUGAAGUUAAUUAUAAUUCCAAGUCAUGUCUAUAGUUAAAACACAUACUGUAUAAACUACACUGUUGGAAUAAAAGAUUUUUUUUUUUUACCAGUUCCCAUAAAACGACUGUGACAAUGUGAUUUAUUUUUCACAAAGUGUGCUGUGUGUUUUCUCAAAACUUUACUGAUGCGCCUCUCCCAAACAUGUAACCGAUUUGGCCAAUCUGGGGAUGCAGAAACAGAAGCACAAAUUCUGCCCAUAUAAAUGCAAAGAGGCGGUGUGGUAUAUUACAUACAUAUUUUGUGUUUGGUGUUGUGAAGAAUAGAAAUCAUCACUACAGCAACUCCAUCUCUUUGCAUCCUAAGCUUUUUUUCAAUUUUCUACAUAUGUGGUUUGUGAUUCAUUUAUCACCUGAUUUAUCUCACUACAGUGCAUGAAUGCUGGAAAAAUAUUUCAAAUAUUAAACAUACUUUAAAAAAGUAUUUCACCCAUCCUUCAUGCUGCGCAUUCGAUCGAGUUACCCCACAGAGGUUUGAGAGACUGAAAAGAAACCGAGUGCCUGGACUCGAGCGCCCGUGUCGAUAUUUUCCCUGGAGGGCACUCUUUGAACUGGAAAGACUCUGUAAAAUGUCAAGCCUGCGAGCUGAGAUCCCACUCGUGGCCGGCGGCUGGUUCCUAAGAGUGCCAUUAAAACGCCUGCCAAAAUCCUGAAGGCGCUCAAGUGCCAACGGGCGAAUAAAGACUUGACGGACGGCGGUGGGUGAGAGUUCAAUGGCGACCUAUGGGCACAGAGAGGCACACUGAUUGAUUCGAGGGCGCCGGUUUAAGACAGUUCAAAUGCGAUCUCGUGAGUUUAUUUGCAGCAAUGAUAGCUUACAGUACGGUGCGAUACGCUCUCACGGGUCAAAAGAGUCAGUGAAUAAAGGAUAUAUGCCCGCGUGAUCAGGCAAAAUAAAUUCGGGCUACCUGUUUUUUUUCCUGUGUCUUUUUCAGAGGUAUUAAAUUGCAGGCUGGUCCUGCGCAGGUCAUUGAGUGCUAGGUCCUGUUAUCUGCCUCUGAACACGAGCAGGUUAGAGGUGGAGGAGUUCAUGGGAAGGGGGCGGAUAGAUUGGGGCCUGUGUACUCAACUGUGUCAUAAUACCAAAGGUGGCACCAGUGAACUUUACGCCUUGAGUUGCAAUUGAUUUAAGGAUCAGUAAAUGCUUUUUUUUUCUUUUCUUUUCUUUUUUUUUUGUUUGGUCUCAUGCAUUUCCAUUUUUUUUUUAUGGAGGAGAAGGCAAUA